GACCUCUUAAAGAUGAAUCAGCUGGUCGUUUUUAACUUCAAUUCGUUAAUUAAAUAUUUGAGACUCAAUUGAGAACAAUCAACUGCUCUGCCUAGGCAAUGGAUUUUACGACCUUCGUUAAACCUUCCAAUGGUGACAGCAUGGCAACAGCAGAAGCCACCGACGGUAACGAUGCCAAGAAACUACAAUUUUGGAAACAUGUGGAGUAUAUCGAGAAUCAUGGCAAACAGGAGGAUGACUACGAAUACUGCAUGACGGAAUUCCUUCGCAUGUCGGGCAUCUAUUGGGGUGUCACAGCCCUAGAUAUAAUGGGACAAUUGGAUCGCUUGGAGCGAAAGUAUGUACUGGAGUUUGUGAAGCGCUGUCAGUGCCCAGUGACUGGUGGCUUUGCACCGUGCGAGGGUCACGAUGCACACCUGCUGUACACGCUGUCUGCCAUCCAGAUCUUAUGCACUUACGAUGCACUGGACGAGAUUGACACGGAUGCAGUGGUACGCUUUGUUGUUGGACUUCAGCAGCCAGAUGGCAGUUUCUUUGGCGACAAGUGGGGCGAAGUGGACACUCGAUUCAGUUUUUGUGCGGUGGCUACUUUGACGUUGCUUAAGCGACUUGAAGCUAGCAUUGAUGUGGAGAAGGCGGUCAAGUUUGUCAUGUCGUGUUGUAAUCAAACGGAUGGAGGUUUUGGAUCUAAGCCAGGAGCUGAAUCCCAUGCUGGUCUUAUCUAUUGCUGUGUUGGUUUUCUUUCGCUUACUCAACGCCUUCAUUUGCUUGAUGUGGAUAAGCUGGGCUGGUGGCUCUGUGAACGACAAUUGCCAGCUGGGGGCCUUAACGGCCGGCCUGAGAAAUUGCCCGAUGUAUGUUACUCGUGGUGGGUUUUAUCCUCGUUAACCAUAAUGGGACGACUGCAUUGGAUCAGUUCGGAAAAACUGCAGGAAUUUAUUCUGUCAUGCCAGGACCUAGAGACUGGUGGCUUUUCGGAUCGAACUGGCAAUAUGCCAGACAUAUUCCAUACUCUAUUCGGCAUUGGUGGUUUGUCCCUCCUGGGACAUGGAGGACUCAAACCUAUAAAUCCCACUCUGUGUAUGCCACAGUACAUUAUUGAUCGACUCGACAUUCAUCCCCAGAAAUUGGAAAGACCCUAAAGGUUGUCACUUUGGACAUCCGUUUCCACGAUUUUGUUAUAGCCAAUAGAAUAAUGUAAAGUAUCUAUUAUUUAUCACUAAUAGUUUCUGUGUAUUAUAUUAUUUUCUUGUUUUUCAUUUCUCUGCAUUUAUCAUGAAUUUAGCUUUAUGAAAUUUCAGUACAACACUUUAAGGCAAUGAUAAACCGCAAUAAAGACAUUAUUUUUACAAUCAAGUAAAAAAAUAUUAUAAAAAUAUGA